UUGUCAAGAGUAAAACACUUGAACUUUAGGAUAUACAAUACAGACUUAAUCUCCCCUCUCCGUAUUUACAGUUAGACUUAAAAUGUCCUUAGCAAUGAAGCUUCUAGUUGGGGUCUAAUUAAGAUGUUCUCUCACUGCUUGCUGUCCUAAAUUCUGUUUCCAUUUUCUUCUAUCUGUGCUUCUAUCUAUCUUCCUACUAAUAUUGUCAUGUUUUAUUUAUUUUAUUAUUUUUCCUGCCACUUUAAUAUUUUAUUUUGAAACCUACUUUCUUCAAGUGUUGCAUUUUGCUUCACUUCCUGUUUGCUCUCCUGCCUCUGUUUCCUGCAUGUUGACUCACCUGUUUAACACCUUCUUCCUUGAAUCUCCGGAGUAUAUGUUUUUUAACACUUUUGCUACCCUUUUGGAUUUAUCUGGCCUUAUAUUGUUGGACUUAUAUUUGGAUCUGCCUAAACCUUGCAUUGCAUUUUGUUACACUCCCAUCUCGAAGUUUUUCUUUUUCUUUCUUUCUUUCUUUUUUUACUGUUUCCUUUUGUGGAUCUGGAUGUGGGCCAUCUCCUUUCAUUGUCAAUCAUGACAAAUAACUGCAGCAUUACAGUUUACCAGACUAAUACAGUUGUAGAGAAAAGGCCAACAGACAAAGAAUGUCGUUUUUCUACAUCAUCCACUUCCCUGAAAAACAAGGCUUUAGAAAAGCUAACUCAUUCUGCUGAGAACGGACUUCGGAUUAUUUAUUUAUGUUUUAUGAUUUACUUUUGGAACCUUUCUUCUUUUUCAUUGUUUAUUUAUGUAAAGAAUUGAGGCAAAUAUUUAGCCAUCUGUGGGCUAAAAAUGUUGGUGUGACAAUUUAGAGUUCUGUAAGUAUUGUUAUUUAGACUUAAAAUCAGAGUAAUGCAUUUUUUAUUUUUUAUUGCUGGAGCUACGGAAGACUUUUUGCAUCCACUGUGAAAUUUAAUUUAAAUAAUGAUAAUAAUGUGAGCUACUCAGGUUAAAUCAUGAACAUUUUACAUUUCCUUUCCUUCAGUUGGUAAACCUUGUGACCUGUCAGACAACAGUGAAAACAGGAUCGACAUGUCCUUCCCAAACAUUACUGCUUUCAUUGAGUGAUCACUGCGCUGUGGCGCAUCUCAUAUAAGAAAGAAAAAUGAGCAGCUCCAGAAAACGACCCAUGGAAGAAAGGGGGACAGGACAGGAGAUGAAAAAACGUCGCAACAAAGAUGCAGCCUCUCAGAAACACCAUUGUGGCUUGAUCAAUCAGGGAGCCACAUGUUAUCUCAACAGCGUCGUGCAAGGUCUCUUCAUGACGUCUGAGAUCCAUGACAGGUUGGAUCCCGGAUCAAACUCCACAGAUCAACAGCUAAGAAGCAUCUUUGACAAUUUGAAAGAAACGUCAUGUGAAACAAAAGACCUCACCAGGUGUUUGGAGAUUGACAAUGUUAGUCAACAACGUGAUGCUGCUGAAUGCCUGGAGAGGAUUUUACGUCAUGUCAGCCCAGAUGUCUCACAGGUGUUCGAGGGGGCGCUGAUGUGCACAACAAAAUGCUCCAAAGACCACAGCAUCAUCGAAGAGACGAAUCCUUUCUGGACGCUUCCGCUGUCUCUUGGAGAAAAGGAUGAUACAGCCUACAGCGUGGAGAAAGGCUUUGAAAGACAUUUCCAACCAAAGUCACACAGCGGAGACAACCAGGUGUUCUGUAACGACUGCCAAGCGAAGACAGCGACGACCAGCGGAUGUGAGAUGGUGGCAUUUCCUCACGUUUUGACUAUACUCCUCAAGAGAUUUGACUUUGACAUCCAGACCAUGUCACAUUUCAAAUCAAACUGCUGUGUGGACAUCCCACGCACAUUACAGAUAAAGGACAAGAAGUACACCCUGUAUGGGAUAGUGAAUCACAUAGGCAGCCUGAGGGGUGGGCAUUACACAGCCACCGUUCUGUCUAAAAAGGACAACGCCUGGUACGACUGUGAUGACACUGAAGUGAGGAAGGUGCAUGAACAGCCAUUUGAAAACACCAUGACAUACAAAUCCCAUACGGCAUACCUGCUCAUGUACAGAGCUUGUGAGACAGACAAAGUAACGGAAGAACACGAUGAGGAGGGGGCUGUCAUAGUGACGCCUCGCAGGAACAGAUGUGACAUCCUGAAGAAGCCCCUUGUGAUUGGUGUAACUCUUUUUCUGGCUGCAGUGAUUAUAAUUGUGCCCAUUGUAGUGACGCAAGUCAACAAAACCUGAUACAGCACGUACUCCUCGUGGAUUC